GAUAGGUUGCACCCUCAUUGGUUCCCUGCUACAGCUAGCGUGCGCGCGCGACAUGGCGGUAAGGAAGUAAACAUUUAGAAAUGGCAAUGAAAACUUCUCCGUAAUGCACGCUGAAAUGUGUAGAAAUAGGUGAUUAAAAGUUCGCACAGCGGGAGGGAAAGUACGUCUAUCCAAACAGAGGAUUUAAAACGUUCUCCAAAAGGUCACGUGUCGCCGUGAAACAGAAAACAUCCAAGUCACUCUCACUACAACAUCAGCAGCAGGAGCUCACAAAGUAUUAUUUCGUAAACAUCGCGGAUUAUUUAUUAAAUACUCCAGUAUGGAUUACGUAGCAACUGGUGGCAAUGUCAAAGUGUUGGCAAAGGCAAUUCACUCACUAUCUAGAAUUGGAGAUGAACUGUACUUCGAACCCCAAGACGAUGGACUAGGGUUACGGACCGUGAACUCCUCCCGUUCAGCGUUUGCCAGUUUCCUUCUCUCUCCUCUAUUCUUUCAACGAUUCCAAACAUCACCAGGGCACAGUUUCCGCUGCAAAAUGCCGAUAAAGAGUGUUCAGACGGUGUUCAAGUCUCUUUCUUCUCUUGAAAAGACUGUGGAAAAGUGUCGAAUUGAAUGGAAACCUGACAAGAGUCAGUUGACCUUUACACUGCACUGCAAACAUGGCUUGCUGAAGACCCACAACCUGUCAUUUCAGGAUUGUGAGAGCUUACAGGCCGUGUUUGACCGAGAACGCUGUCCCAAUGUGAUACGGGCUCAGCCAAAAUUACUGGUGGACACAGUUCUACAUUUUCCUCCAUCUUUGGAGGAAGUGACUGUGUCGGUGAGCGGUGACCGCAUGUGGCUGAAAAAUCAUGUGGAAGAUGAAACGGAUCAGUCCAAAGCCAUGAUGACUGAACUGUGCCUGAGCUCGGAGGAGUUUGAUCAUUUUGUCGUCGGCUUGGAAACUAGCAUCACCUUCUGUCUCAAGGAGCUCAGGGGGUUACUGUUUUUUGCAGAGUCGACUGGACUCCCAAUAUCGAUCUUUUUUGAUGAGCCAGGAAGGCCAGUGGUCCUCACUGUGUCAGACAGCGUCAUGGAGGCCAACUUUGUCCUUGCCACCAUAUCAGAAGACACUCAUCAAAACAACAACAAAAACAACACAAAACGUUGCCCAACACCGCCUCCUGCAGAUGACUUCAUGUGCGAUGACAUGGACUCGUACCUUAUUGCCAUGGAAACAAGUGAAAUUGCUGGACCAUCCAGCCAGAAGGAACCUCAGGUAACCUCGGCAACCCAUGCCCCGCCCAUUCCCCACCACAGACUGUUCCUCGACAGCGUUGCAGAAGAAGAGCAGCAGCAAGAGGAUACUGAUGAAGAUUUAGAGAGGCCGGCUUCUAAAAAGUUCCGAUCACUCUUCUUUGGAUCAGUUUCACCUACACCCUCCCAGCAGGUGCCCACACAGACAACGCAAGAUGUUCUAGCCAGCGACAGUGAAGAUGAAGGAUGAUUUUGGCAAUGAAAGAACUCAUGCUCAGACUCAAGACUGCAAGUGUGGGGAGAAAAAAAAGACUUGUGGGGGGAGUACGUGUGUGAUUGAAAAAGCACUGUCAGCAAAAAGUGUCUGUGACGGUCAGUUACAAAUAGUGGUUCAUGUACAGUCAAAACAAGGCGAGCAUAUUUUUAAAUUAUGUCAUAUGUCCUGUAAUUUCAGUUCUAGGCAAAGAAUGGAACAAUGUACCAUGUUAAUCACUGUACAGCAUGAUUGAAAUUCCUUUUUUAAAAUAUUUUUUCAUGAC